AAUCACGAUCCAAUUCUAAAAACCCAAACCCAUGUCUCUCUAUGAUCCCAUGUGGUCCGGUCCACCUACUUUUCCAAUAACUCGUUAAAUGUUAGAACAUGGCUUAAAACGAAACCACAUUUAACUAAAAAUUUAAUUGGUGGAUAUUAUCCGACGUGGCUUUCAUUCAUUGGUUACUCUAACCAUGGCCUGAGAAGCAGAAGAUCACUGCCCUCAUUCCAAAUUCCGCCUUCAAUAAUUUUGAUCCACUCUGUUUCAAGCUGUCAUAAAAAUGUCGUCUUCUUCUUCUUCCUCGCUUAAACCCAUUAAUUCAUAGCCAGCAACGAGAUCUGGCAAAUUCUACCAUUCUACUAUGCUUCGUAUAGCUCAAAUCGCGCUUCUUUGUUUCGUUCUCGCCGCCAGGAUCUCGAUCUCAGCCGAGAACGAAUCUAUAGACGAGAUUCUUCUAGCGAACGGAUUGCCUUUGGGGAUAUUUCCGAAAGGUGUGAAAGGAUUCAGCGUUAAUGGCGAAACGGGACGGUUCUCGGUUUAUUUGAACCAGUCAUGCCAGGCUAAGUAUGAGACAGAGCUGCAUUACGACGAGAUUGUUUCGGGAACGAUAGGUUAUGCUCAAAUCGGGGAUUUGUCGGGAAUCUCAGCGCAAGAGCUGUUCUUGUGGUUUCCGGUUAAAGGAAUCCGAGUCGACGUGCCGAGCUCUGGUCUUAUAUUCUUCGACGUUGGUGUUCUUCGCAAGCAAUACUCUUUGUCUUUGUUCGAGACACCGAGAGAUUGUGUUGCGGUUCGUAGCGAUGCUGAGUUUAUUGGUGAAAACAAGGUUCAGUCUUCGAUGUUGCCAUUGUAUCAAGUAGAUCAAACUCUUGGAAGAAAUACUGUUUAGCAGGAGUUCAAGAAAUGUUGUUAUACUAUACCAGAAAGAUGGAAAAGAUAGAUAGAUGCUCUCAUCUAUUCUUGAAGAUACUUCUACUGUUUUGAUCUCAAAUCUUAGGCAUGACUCAUGGUCAGAUGCUUCAUUCUUUCCCUUCCCCCAUUCCAGUGUUGUUUCUGCAUUGCUUUCUCCAGAUUGCGUGCGGGACAGAACCGAGAGAAUCUGUGAGCGGAAGUUAGACGGUAACAACAAUGUCAGGGUUGGUUCGGAAAUGAAUGGCUCAGAUUUGGUUGAAGUGAUGAAUGUUUAUUAUUGUAUUCUUUUUGUCGUCUUUUGUUCUGUUUUGUACUUUGUCAUGUAAGCACAGAUAUAAAUAAACAUAAUCUUGUAUUUAGCCGAGUAAGUGUGAGAUUAAUUAAGACUCAUGAUUUGGAUU